AUGGAGGGCCUACCGAAUCUACCGGGAAAUGAUUUUGCAAACCGGCUGCGCCAAAAACAUCACAUACCGCAAAGCUUCAAGUACAUCAACGGCUAUCCGGUUCCUUUUCGGCCCGAGUUUGGCCUAGGUGGAGAGCGUCUCAACGAGGACUCCAUCCAGUUCUGUCCCGAACCUAGUGGCGGUGGAAACAGUACCGUGCUGUACGAUCCAAUCCUCACCUACGGCCGGGUGCGCCAUUUACCCGUCAAGCCUUACCGGCCCCACUUCGUGCUGUACGAUCAGAAAACCCUCAAAUUCAAUGCGUUUUUCCGGCAAUCUGUCCCGGAAUCGGCCUCCGAAACCUUCCGCAUACGGUACGUGAAUAUUUUGUACUUUCUGGAGGACGACACGCUUACGGUGCUGGAACCGACGAUUGAGAACUGCGGCUACCCGCAGGGCAGGUUAGUACGCCGAGGCAAGAAGCUUAAGGACGCCAACAAGGAGGAGUUUUACACCUGGAAGGAUCUAAACAUCGGCAUCGACAUUGAAAUGCAUGGCUACGUCUUUCACAUCACCGAUUGCGACGCCUAUACGAAGGAGUACCUCCUAAGCAAUGGCAUUGAGCUCAAUGAAGUCGAACUGCUGCCACCGGAUCCGGCGAUGAACGAACGCUCUAUCAGUCAGCGACAGUCGUUCCGGCACAAUAAGAUGUUCCCCGUGCCGGAUGAUAAACUGCGAAAGUACCUCGAAUACCAAGGGAAGGUACUGCACUUCGAUUGUGUGCUGGAUGAGCGAGACCGAGAAGGAGGCGAGCUGAUGACCUACAAACUUUUUUACUACCUCGAAGACGAUACCGUUUCGAUAAAGGAAUUAAAAGAGAACCAGGAGGGACGAGACUAUUUCCCGAUGUUGCUCCGUAAGCAGAAGCUACCGAAAAACUGGAAAGAAAAUCCUGUGACGCACCCGUCGAUAUUUUUAGAGAAAAGUGACGCCGAAGUGUCGGAAUACUACUCGCCAAAGGAUCUCGUCGUUGGCACGACCAUCUUCGUGUAUGGGCGUAAAUUCUUACUGCUCGAUUGUGACGGAUUCACGCGAUGCUACUACGAAAAGGCACUGAAGAUUCUCCAGCCAGACCGUGUUCGUCUUGACAGCGUGUCCAAGUAUACGCCUCGGUUGGAGCUUCCGAGCUAUCUGGGUCUCGGUACGCCCGAGGAUUCGCUGGCCUCCUACCAUAGUCUAGUGCCGAAGAGUCCGAAAAAGGACGUCAUCACAUAUCUGGUGAAUGUGAACAAAUGUCUGCGGUAUGGAUGCGUUCUGGAUACGGCACAUCCUGAGGACAAAAUUCGCCGUUUUGUACUGAGUCUGUCGCUUGCCGACGGAACGAUUGGCAUCAUGGAAUCGUCGAUUGAUAAUUCCGGUAUUCGGGGUGGACGCUUUUUAUCACCACGCAAGAUUUGGCUACCCGGUUGCAACCCAGACAUGCCAGAGUAUUACACGGCCAAAGAUUGCUAUAUCGGAGCCACUAUCAUGGUAUUUGCACACCGCUUCAAAAUUGUCAGCGCCGAUCUGUACGUGUACCGGUACAUGCAGGCACAUCCUGAAAUGUUCUCAACGCUUGCCAUCGAUAGCGUUCGUAGCUAUCUGUUAGCCGAAGGGCACCUUAAUGAAGACAUCCAGCAGGCUACCGAUGAGGAAUACCGGAAGCUCGAACUCACCGCAGCUGCCAAUGGCGAGCAGGAUGAGGUGCAAAAACGGUUGACGGGAUUUGAAAUAGACGAUCACAAAUCUCCAUCGCCAAUUAUUGGUGCAUCGCCAUGCCGUUCGCCGGUGGCACGUCAAAGUUUAGAACGUAUUACAAACGAAUCAAUCGAUCAUCCGUGCCCACAUCCGAUCAUACCCGACGAAGAGCUUCGGAAGGCAUACCACACAAAUGAGCCUGGUGAUCUUGCUAUUCAAUCUUAUCGGCUGCCAUCCGAUGGUCAAUCUCCCUCACCGAGUACAUCUCCCAAGCAUGGCACAAGAAAAGGACCAAAAACUGUUCACUUUCAAGACGAGUGUUAG